UGUUUUUGUCCCCGGAGCAGAGGACAAGAAUCUUCAUUCAUUUUGCCUUCCUCUACUGUAGUGAGUUGCAGGUUGCCUGGUGGUAUCAGCCUAGCCCUUUUCUGCCACUGCUGAGGAUCAGUCCAUUCCAUUUCCAGAUUCUAACUGAGACAUUAUAGUCUCGAGAUGAUCAAGUUUGCAUGACCAAGUUGCUGGAUGCAGUACUCAUGUGAAAUCCAAUGGUCUGUGAUUGCCAAGCCAGCACACUGUCUUCUGCUGGGUCCAGACUGGAAGAAAGGAGAGAUUUCAUCAGUGCUCUUUGAUAACUGGGACAAAACACCAAAAGCAUCAUGGGACUGGUGGGCUCUCCAUCCUUUGAAUCUCCAGAGCAAGGCUGCCCAUCUCUGCAGGAGAUGCUUUAACCCAGCAGACUCAGCAGCCACACACAGGCAGAGAUCUCCCAGUCACAGACCUGGCCCACUGCUCCACACGCUGGAAACCCAGGGGAGGUUUGGUUGCUUCUCCUGCUAGGUGCUCUGCUAGCAGUGGGCAGCCUCUGCUUUCUGUGCCCACCCAACUAAAAGUGCCACGCUUGGGGAGCCUGAUGAAGUUGUGCCCACAGAACUUAGUUUAGCUCACCGCACUUAGGAGUGCACGAGGUUUCGUCAGCUCUUCCUGCAGCUCUGUCAGAGCAGCCACGGAGCACGGCACGAGCUGGAGCACUCCGUCGUCUCCUCUGCAAAAAAAGGGGAAAAAAAAAAAGGAAUUACCAGCUGGAAAAAGAAUAAUGGAACGUUGUCUAGAUGAAAAUUGUAACUCCACUUGCCCAGAUAUUCCCUACGAAGAGAGUCAGACACUUCUGGUUGCUGUUUACAGCAUUGUUUUUGCUAUAGGCCUUCCAGCAAAUUGCUUAACUUCUCUGCUUACAUUUGUACAAAUCCAAAGGAAUAAAGUGGUUGCCAUCUACAUUUUCAGUUUAUCAUUGUGUGAGCUGAUGUAUUUAAGCACCUUGCCUUUCUGGAUUAUCUAUGUGAAAAAUGGACACAAGUGGACCAUGAGUGACACUGCUUGCAGAGUAACAGGAUUCAUCUUUUUCUGCAAUAUCUACAUCAGCAUUCUACUUUUGUGCUGCAUCUCUCUGGAUCGUUACGUGGCACUGGUGUAUUCUCUGGAAUCAAGAGGGAGAAGAGGACAGAAAAAGGCCAUCAUAAUAGUCUGUUUUCUCUUUGCUGUGGUUGCAGUAAUCCACACUCCAGUAUUUUAUAUGGAAGAUAAGCAAAAAUGUACAGAUAUGAAAACCUGCUUUGAGACAGUGCCCCUUAACAUUUUAUUGGCUUCUUUCAGCUUUGCUAGAUUCCUAUUUGGAUUUGCCAUACCCUUCACAAUCCUCAUUUUUACAAACUACAAAAUUUUCCAAACUACAAAAAGAAGCAGCAGUUUGACUUGUCGCCAGAAAGCCAAAGUGAAGUAUGUGGCUAUUGCCAUUAUUGUUAUUUUCUUGAUCUGCUUUGCUCCAUACCAUGUGGUGCUCAUAAUAAGAGCCAUAUACUUUAUGUUUCAUCAGGACUGCCCAUGUCCAUUUGAAAAUAAGAUAUAUUCAGUUUUUACAGUGUUUCUGUGUUUAGGCACUGCAAACGGUGUUGCUGAUCCAAUCAUCUAUGUUCUGGUCAGCGAAAAUGUCAGAGAAGACUGUUAUAGGAGCCUGAGAAGAUGGAGAUGGAACUCAUCCAAGCUGAAUUCAUCCACUGAUCACAAUACUGACAGCAGGAAAUUGGAAACGCCAAAAGAAUCAGAGGAAGGGGGGCAAAGAAAAGAAAACAAAGAAAUAAAAGAUUCAUCCAACAUUCAGAAGGCCUGUACUAGUGGCAGAGACCAGGAAAGCGGCACCUAGCUGGUAGAUGCUGGAACAGAUAAGAAGUUCCCAAUGCCAGCUGAAGGACACAAGUUUUUACAUGCUGACAUCAUCUUGUGUGUCCUGCAUGGGCCAUUAACUCCUUGAGGACACUAUGGGAGCAGUAAUUCACAUUUCUGUUUGUCUCCCACAAUAAACUUUGCCCACCAGUAUCAUUGGUGAAAAUACUGCUUUGCGAAGGAUAUGUAGAAUAAACUAAGUAAUUUACAUUGACUCAAAUUGGGAUCUUAAAAGCUUAUUUUUUUUGACUGACUCUUUCUCAUGUGAAAUAAAACCAAAAUUUUAAAAAGCACUGCUGAGGAAGACAAUGUACCAUUCUUAUGAUUGAAAUUUUUGCUUCUUGAGGAGGUACAUGUUCAGGUUCUCAUACAUGUGCUCUGCUGUUAACAUUUGUGGUUAACCAGUGGAAAAUAUUAAAAAUGAGUAAGUUGUUCAACAAGAGCCUUGAACAUUUUCCUCGUAUACCAGUAUGUGGCUUCAGGUACAUCACACAUUCCAGGAGAAUUAGAGGAAAAAAUAAGUGGCCUGAUAAUACAGACCAACAGUACUGCUGCUGCAUUAGACAAGAUCCUGCACUACCCUGAAAUUCUUAAAAUGUACAAUUCUAAUGCUUGGUAGUUUACAAUUAGUAAAUUUUACUUGUUUUGCAGGCAGAUCUAGAAUGCACUGAAAUAUACAGAAAAUGUAUACGUUUCCAAGUGGAGUCAGAGACUGCUUUUAUGCCGUCUACAAACAUUUGUUGAACUCAUGUUUAGUUUCUGACUAAGCUAACCCUUCCCUUUUGUUAUUGACCCCACUUUUACUGUGUAGGAGCCUGUAGCAGGUAUGGGUAGACUCACAGGUGGUAUGGAAGGCCGGCAGUCUGGAGAGCACAGUCCUUCCCCCCCACAGCUGGGAACUCCCUCAGAUAUCCUGGGACAAAUUUCGUUGUUGCUGCUGCCACUUCUGUUAUUAAUAACUUAUUGAUAGUAGUGCUUUGUGCCUUCAAACAAGAAUUUAAAAGAUAAGAAUGAUACAAAUCUGGCAGUGUUCAUCUAAACAACUUCAUCUUUUUAUGUGAUUAAACAGACACAUCAUGAAUCAGUUUGAGUACGAGUUUGUAGAAUGUUUCAUAGCAUCAUUCCAUUUAAUCUGUGGUGUUGUAUUUCUGUGACAUGUUGAAAUUGUUAUUGAUGUUGACGUUUCUGCAUUGAAUUAAUAUUAAUAUAACUGCAAUACUUUUUAUUAUCUUAAAAUUGCCAUAGGUAUUUCUGUAUAUUAUAUUUUAUUCUUAUAUAUUCUUACAAUUUUGUAAAGAACCAUUAUGCCAAAAUUAUAUAUCCUCAAUUUAUUAUAUUUAUUGUGUAUUUCAUUUUUUAAUUAUUUAAUG